CACUGUUGUAGGGUUUGAUAGCCCCUCAUCGGUGUAUCCCUUGCGUUCAUUUUAUUGCUGUUACACAGAAACCCAAAGCAUCCUAGUUUACUCUGAGACUGGCUCAAGCAACUCCUAGAUAAUUGGAGCUCAUUUUAGUUCAACUGUUGAGGCCAGGCAGAAGUAGGGUAUAUUUAGUAACUGAAGAUUCUAAAACAGUUGGAUUCUGCAGAAGUCUGUUGGAUUUGGUGAAUGAGUCUCUGUGGGUCUGCCUGGAAAAGAGUGUCGACUGGUUUGGUGCCAACAUCCUUCACCAACAUCUUUUGUUCUGAAGAUGCCAGAGACUACUUCCACAGAGAAAAGGAUUCUUUUUUUUUUUCGAAUCAUCCUAAAAGUGAUUUUCCUCUUGAUAUCACUCUUCAUUUUUGCCUGUUCCUUGGACAUGCUCAGCAAUGCCUUCCAGCUGAUUUCAGGAAAAUUGGCUGGAGAAAUUUUCUUGGACCAUUCAAUACUUCACAACCCCAUAUCCGGCUCAACAAUAGGUUUGCUAGUGACUGCUGUGUUGCAGAGUUCCACCAUAGCCACAUCCAUCAUCAUCACCAUGGUGUCAUCUUCAAUGUUGAAAGUAAGUGCAGCAAUUCCCAUGCUCAUGGGAGCCAAUGUUGGGACUUCAAUCACUAAUACAUUGGUGGCCCUCAUGUAUGCUGGAAACAGGGAAGAAUUUGGAAGGGCUUUUGCAGGAGCUACUGUACAUGAUUUUUUCAAUUGGUUUUCGGUGUUGGUGCUGCUGCCUCUGGAAUUGAUCACGGAAUUCCUCUCCUACCUAUCUGAUAAAAUUGGGCAUUUCAUUAAGAUUAGUGGUGAAGAUGAAAGCCCAGGAAUCUUGAAAGUUCUCACAGGGCCAAUAACAGAACGCAUCAUCCAGCUGGAUGGAAAAAUCUUCAUUGACAUUGUCAUAGGACGUGAAACACAAAACAAGAGCCUGAUAAAGAUUUGGUGUAAAACUUUUGAAAAUGUGACUUUUAGCAAUGUUAGUGUUCCCUCACCAGAAAAUUGCACCUCUCCCACUUUCUGCUGGACUGAAGGGAAGGUGACAUGGACCCUCAUGAAUAUAACGUAUAGACAGAACAUUACAAAAUGCAAACACUUAUUUGUGAACACCAAUUACAAUGAUGCAACCGUGGGAUUUAUUCUUCUAACCUUCUCUUUGUUCAUCUUGGCCAUUAGUUUGGCCUUGAUUAUCAAGAUCUUGAACUCUGAGCUCCGUGGACCAGUCGCUGAAAUGAUUAAGAAGUACAUCAACAAAGAUUUCCCCUACCCAUUUGCCUGGCUUACAGGCUACUUUACCAUUCUGGUUGGAGCUGUGUUGACCUUUACUUUUCAGAGUAGCUCUGUGUUCACCAGUAUAAUCACUCCUAUGAUUGGCAUUGACAUGAUCAGCCUUGAGAGAGCUUACCCUUUAAUCUUGGGCUCCAACAUCGGCACCUCCACCAUUACCAUCUUGGCUGCAUUAUCUGGUCCUCGAAAUGCUUUAAGAAAGUCAUUCCAGGUUACCCUGUGCCAUUUCCUCUUCAACCUGUUUGGCAUCAUUCUGUGGUACCCAAUCCCAGGCAUGAGACUGCCUGUCCAUUCUGCCAGGCGCUUAGGAAAUUUGACAGCCACCUACCGUUGGUUUGCUAUUGUCUACGUGAUCUUCUGCUUUUUCGUGCUCCCGACCCUGGCGUUUUGCUUUUCCAUUGCUGAUACGACUGUGUUGAUAUCUGUAGGGAUACCCAUGUUUUUUCUGCCCUUCAUAGUAGUAUACCUGCAUGCCUUCAAUCUCCUUCACUUGUUACCGUUGUGGAUGACAUCCCUGAAGCCGUGGGAUGAUCUGAUAAUAAGCAUCAUGAAUCUAUGUACGCAGUGUGGUGAAAAUAUCUCACACAAAUGCAAAAACUCCAAGCUCAACAGGUUUAUUGCAAGGAGAUCACUCCCCACAAUAAAGACAGACCUUGGUCCAGAUCAGAACCAGAGACACAGUUCCAUAAGAGAUAGACUUUUUUAUGUCAAGAAAUCUGAUGACACAGUGAAAGAAAUACAAUCAACAAAUGACACAGUGACAGAAAUACAAUCAGCAAAUCAGCAGUUCUCAAUUAAUGACGCAAGUACUGAUUAAGCAAGAAAAUGUAAAAAAGUCACUAUGGGUGGUAACAUAUCUAUUGUUAUUGACAGACCUUUCCAAGGCCUCCACAAUAAGGGGUUGGGGGCUAGUGUUUGAUAAUUAUUAUGAAAUACUAGAAGUCAUCAGCUGAAUGCCUAUCUGACUGUCUUGUUAUACAAAAAGAAGUAGUCCUGCACUCCUUGUCCAACUAUCUUGUUAUGCAAAAAACAACAACAAUAACAAAAAAAAUGGUGUGGGCUACAUGGAAACUCUUGGGUUAUAGGCUUAAAGUCAAGCGGGACUUUACAAGAUGAAACCUGACAAGAUCUUGUUUUAGAGCUCUAAAUAUUUUUUCAGAAGGAAGAAGUCCAAGGAAAGCUCCAUUGCUCAAAUAGACUUAGCUCUACUUUUAUUUUUAAAUGAAUGUUUAGUUGCUGAGAUACAUGGCUUUUUCCAAGAAAAGUCCUGACUGUAAAUAGAACUUCCCUGGCCCCAUUAAGCUGGAAGAGAGGGCUGCUUCCAAAGAUUAAUGACCACGAUGACCAAUACCAAAGAUAAACUCUCAUAGAUGACCAUGCCCUCUAUGUCCCAAUCUUCCUUCUUGCAGUUCUGGGCAGUCUAUAACUAAUUUCUAGAACACUAAGAAGGUAUUUCUGAAAGGUAAUAUGCCUUAAGAUCUGUGCCUUGUAUGAUCCAGAGAGAUUAGCUACUGUAUUAACCAACUAGCCCUUUAUUGGAGUGGGGUAGUACUUGAAGGAUUCUGAGAUAAAUAGCCUUGCUGUAAACCCUUCUUUCUAGGUCCUUGCCUCUCUGCCUCUUUCAAAGAGGGGGAAACCUGUCAGGCCUUUGGAGAGGAGGUAGACUGGCAGGUGGUCAUGCUGUAGAGAAAAUGUGAAAUGUGGAUUAAAAAAGCAUGACUCUCUUCAGACAAACUGUAGUCAUUUUUUCUGUAUCCCCAAAGGAUAACAGUCUGGUUGGACAAGAAGCAACUUUGUCAACCUUGAGCUUUAAGGUGACCCAUUAAAGACUAAUCUAGAACCACC